GACUGUUUUGAAUAUGAGCAUCCGACCGGGCACAAUGGCACACUUAAAUCAUCAGAUAGCUACCAACAGAGACAAGCCUAGCAUGCCAUUCACACGGUGUGAACAAAACCUCUCCAAUUAAAUCUCUGGGGUAGCGCAACUGCAGCGCGCUACUCUAAACGAGCGCCACUUUGAAUCCACCAGGUUGAGGGGCCAGAAUCAUGGUUACACAAUAACUUCUUCCUCCACACAAAUGGAUCUUUCGAAAGCCACCGCCACUAUGGUUUUAUACCAAGGCAGCGACAAAUUCAAUAGUAAUGUGAAUGUUAUCCGGCCUCAGAAACCCAGUGUUGUAAGGACAGAAUAGCUACCUAGUUGCUCUGUGUGGCAGCCUUCAUCUCAUUCACACAACCAUGACCUGCUGAAUGUUUCUCUUGUUUUCUUUUUCUUUUCUUUUCUUUUCUUUUUCUGAAUCGUUCGCAUUCAGCUGGCGUAAGCCGCCGAAUGGCCCAUCUCAAUUUCCGCCACAGCUGAAACCAGACGUCGUUUUCGGUGUCAUCGCCCACGCUAGGUUAGUUGAUUGGCGAGGUUUCAGCACAUGCCCUGCACCUUUACUGUGGAUUUGUGUUAGAGCAGGCGUACAGGGAUGAGAUGCACCAAAGAGAGUGAAUUGU